AUAGAGUGACAAUACGGCAGCAUUCUUUUCCGGCUUCUUUGAGAUCUGGUCGAAAGGAGAGGGGCUCUUUGUGUAUCCCCCGUUUGUAUUUCGGGGUGAGGCGGCUGUGACACACUCAAGAUGGUUAUGGCGCUGCAGAUGCACGUAUGAUAGAAAACGAGGAAGGGAAAGGACUACGGGUCGAGGGGAGGGUCAUAGCAAGUUCGGCGCACGUGCGUGUCCGCCGGCAGUCGGCAUUUCUUCGCGCAGCAGGAGGAGCCGCGUUCCCAAGAUGGGCAAGAAGGGCAAAGUGGGCAAGAGCCGAAGGGACAAGUUUUAUCACCUGGCCAAGGAGACUGGCUUCCGUUCCCGUUCGUCCUUCAAGCUCAUCCAGUUGAACCGCAAAUUCCAGUUCCUCCCAAAGUCACGGGCGCUGCUAGAUCUGUGUGCUGCUCCUGGAGGAUGGCUGCAAGUGGCCUCAAAAUUUAUGCCAGUGUCCAGUCUUAUUAUUGGGGUUGACCUGGUUCCCAUAAAGCCCAUCCCUAAUGUGGUAAUGUUGCAGGAGGACAUCACCACGGAGAAGUGCCGCCAGGCUCUGCGCAAGGAACUGAAGACAUGGAAAGUAGAUGUUGUGCUGAAUGAUGGAGCUCCCAAUGUCGGAGCCAGCUGGAUACAUGAUGCUUUUUCGCAAGCUAACCUGACGCUGUCGGCACUCAAGCUGGCCUGCGACUUCUUGUCCAAGGGCGGCUGGUUCAUCACCAAAGUCUUCCGUUCUCGGGACUACCAACCCCUGCUGUGGAUCUUCCAGCAGCUCUUCCGCAAGGUGCAAGCCACCAAGCCGCAGGCCUCACGCAAUGAGUCAGCCGAGAUCUUUGUGGUCUGCCAAGGCUAUUUGGCCCCAGAUAAAAUUGACGCCAAGUUUUUCGACCCCAAGUUUGCCUUCAAGGAAGUGGAGGUGCAGGCCAAGUCCGUGACUGAACUGGUGUCUCAGAAGAAGCCAAAGGCGGAAGGAUACGAAGACGGUGCCACGGUUCUUUAUAACCGCUGCACGCUCACGGACUUUCUGAAGGCCUCAAACCCUGUGGACUUCCUGGCCAAGACCAAUGAGAUUGUCUUGGACAACGAGGAGCUGGAGCGCCACAGUGCCACCACCGAGGAAGUGCGCCAUUGCUGUCAGGACAUCCGCGUUCUGGGCCGUAAGGAGCUCCGGGCCCUGCUGAAUUGGAGGACGAAGCUGAGGCGGUUCCUGGUCAAGAAGCUGAAAGAACAGGCCAAGGAAAUAGAUAUCAACUUGAGUUCCGGCGAGGAAGGCGAAGGAGAGGAAGAAACGCAGCCCAGGCAGGCAGGUCCGGAGGCCCAGGGUGGAGGAGAAGAAAAAGAAGAUGAAAAGGAGGAGGAGGAGCUGGAGCUGAAGAUUGCUGAGCUCAAAGCUCACGAGAUGGCGGAAUUAAAGAGGAAGAAACGUAAAAUCCUGCGCGAGCGCCGCCGCCAGCGAGAGCGUGUCGAGCUCAAGAUGGACCUUCCUGGUGUUUCCGUCGCCGAUGAUGGUGACACGGGGAUGUUCUCCCUGCGGGCCAUUGGCAAAAGUCAGCUGCUGCACGAGGUGAUCCAGGGCGACAUGGCAGCCGCCGACUCCUUCGUGGCGACAGCAGCGGGGGCGGACCAUGACCUCUCGCUCUCAGAAGGGGAAGACUCUGACGACGACGUGUCUCUGGCCAGCGAGCUGGAUGACCAGGAGAUGGCAGAGGUGGAGGAGCGGUCCAGCCAGCUGAAGCGGGCUCGCGUCCCGGAGAGGGCUGCCUGCGAAGAGGUGGAGGAGCAAGAAGACCCUGAGGCCGGGAAUCCUCUGUUGGUGCCUCUGGAGGGCAAGGAGGAGCGCGAGCAGCAUCGGACGAGCCUGUGGUUUGGCAAGGAAGCUUUUGCUGGGAUCGAUGACGACGCUGACGAGGUGCUGGAGAUUGGGCAGGCACAGGUCCUGUCCCAGAGCCGGGCAGAACCGCCACCUGCCUCCAGAAAUAUGAAGAGGAAGAAGAAGCUGCCCCAGCAGGAGGCUGCACCAGAGGUGACGCCUGAGGAAGGCCUGGAGCCUGAAGGAGCCAAAGUCCCGACUGGCGAGAAGGGCUCUGACACAGAGGAGAGUGACAGUAGCGACAGCGACGAAGAGAGGGAGCAGCCAGCCUCCCGUGCAGGACCAAAGCGGCUCCGGAAGGGGCCAGGCGGGAUCGACGUGAUUCCCAUUGAAGACCCAGUGAAGCGAGCUCUGGACCCUGAGGGCCUGGCCCUGGGAGCAGUCAUCGCCACCUCCCGCAAGGCCAAGAGGGACUUGAUUGAUGGCUCUUUCAACAGAUACACCUUCAACGAGGAAGAAGGGGAGCUGCCCGAGUGGUUUGCCCAGGAAGAGCAGCAGCACCGGCGCAAACCCCUGCCUCUGGACCGGCAGACGGUGGAGGAGUACCGGCAGCGCUGGCGGGAGAUUAAUGCUCGGCCCAUCAAGAAAGUGGCAGAGGCCAAGGCUCGCAAGAAGCGCCGGAUGCUGAAGAAAGCAGAGCAGAUGAGGAAGAAAGCGGAGUCCGUCGUGAAUACUGUGGACAUCUCGGAGCGUGAAAAGGCUGCUCAGCUGCGCAGCAUCUACAAGAAAGCAGGGUUAGGUAAGGAGAAGCGGAAAGUGACCUACGUCGUGUCCAAGAAGGGUGCGGGGCGGAAGGUUCGGCGCCCGGCCGGAGUCAAGGGCCAAUUCAAGGUGGUGGACAGCCGCCUCAAGAAGGACAUGAGAGCCCAGAAACGCAAGGAGCAGAAGCCAAAACACCGGCGGCAGAAGUGAACUGUUGUCAUAGCGCGUCGCUGUUAUGAGCGAGUGGGCCUCUCCGGCCUCCCUUGAACAUGUCAGGAUCUCACAAGGACCUUCUGGAACAUAUCCACACACCCUUGGACCUCCCAGUAAUUGAUGAGCAAGUCGUUGUCCUAAACACUGCAUUUGUGAUGUAGCCACGAAUGUACCGGAACUUCUCGGAGAUCCACCUGCUUGAUGCCUUGAUGUAUGCAGGUCUGACGCUGGUGGUGUUGGGCAGUUUGGACAGCUUUUUGCUGUCCUGGUCCCUUUGUGUCCUCAGAGAUCUUCUCUUCAAGGAUUCUUCUCUUCAUGUUUGUGCCUUUUAUUAAACAUUUUUCUUCUUCUCAAAAGCUA